ACAGGAGCCCCAGCAGCAGCAGCACACACAGCGCGGCGGCCAUGGGCUUUGUGCAGGAGAUGCAUUCCGUGGGCGAAAGGCUGCUGCAGAAGCUGCGAGAGCUGCCCCAGGCGGAGCCAGUGGAGAUCCUGGCCUUUUCCAUCAUCGUCCUUUUCACAGCCACGGUGCUGCUGCUGCUGCUGAUAGCCUGCAGCUGCUGCUGUGCCCGCUGCUGCUGCCAAGAGCCCAGAGGCAGGAAGGUCCAGGUGCGGCCCGUGAUCCCCCCAUGAGGGACGGUGGUGAGAUGGCUGAAGAGAAGCGGCACAAGACACGCUCUGGGGACCUGCCCUGUGGCCCUCACCCUUGCAGGCAAGGCUCCCCUGCUCCAGGGUGGGCCCUGCCCAGAUGCCAGGACAUCUGGAGCCUCAGCAAGGAAACAAGGCCUGAUACGG